AUGUCAUCCCUGACUGCCUUAUUUGCUUUUCUUGCUUGUGGAGCUCCAAAGCUGUCUGGUUUACUUCUGUCUCAUUCUCUGUGCUGUGCUUCCUCACAUGCACUUUGUCCCUUCUUGAGCCUUUGCAUGCAACUCAGAUCACUUGAUCAGAGACACAAAUGGUUGACCCAGCUCAAAAUUUUGAAGCAAAAAAUGAAUAGUAAGAGAGGAAAAGAGAGUGUUUCAACCAAAGAAGCAAACUUGAACACUAGGAGGAAAAUUAGAGUUGUAUACACUGACCCAGAUGCAACUGAUUAUUCAAGUGAAGAAAAUGAUGAGUUUUUGAGUAAUGGGUAUCAAUUAAAUGGUGGUUCCAAGAGGAUUGUCAAGGAAUUUUUGGUUCCAUACAUGCCAAACAAAGCAGAGAAAUCUUCACAAGAAGAUGUCAAUAGUGAAAAGUUCAAAGCAAAUCCAGGCCUUUUUGCAAGGAGGAGGAACAGAAGAUCAUCAAGCAUCUACAGAGGUGUUCAAAGAAGGAAAUGGGGAAAAUAUGUUGCAGAAAUUCGAGACCCUUUUCAAGGGGUCAGAAUGUGGCUUGGUACUUUUGAUACUGAAGAAGAAGCUGCCAUGGCUUAUGAGAAAAAGAAGAAUGAGUUUGAAUUGGCUUUGAGGGAAAGGGAUGCAUUGGCUUCUGAGAAUGCCAAAGAAGUGUUGUUUCACCCAUCCCCAUCAUCAGUGCUCGAUGUCAGCACUACAAAAGGUCCACUAGAUAUUAAUGACACUAGUGGUUUAGUCAGAGAAAAGGUCAAGGUGGAAACUAAUUGUGAAGGAGGAGGCAAUGAUGUGGUACCAGUUUAUAGUGAAGAUCAUUCAAUUCAAUAUUUGCUAGAGGAGCCAGUUAUGCCAUCAUUGACUAGCUUGGAUUUCUAUUCGGAUGUAGAGAAAGGAGCAGUGCUGCCUGGUAGUGACUUCUAUAAUUUCUUGGACAAUGACAUUAAAGGUGGUUCUAUUUGGAAUGUGGAACAUGGGGAAGGGAUCAUUCCCCCCCCUGUUGAAAGUUCCGUUGAUGAGUUAGCAUGGAUUGAUGAAACUCUAAAUUGGGAAUGCCCCUAA